AAUAGACUGCACUCAUUGAGUUUCCACAACUCACAGAAGCCAUUUACCUACAGAGCAAUGGACCAAUGGAAUCCAGUGGAAAGUGAUGAGGAUAUGCCUACCAUUACUCAAGAGAGAGCAUGGAAUAAUUUCAAUAAAGAGAUGGAGGGAGUAUUCCAUAGCGAUUUGAGUGAACGGGUUCGACCCUAUCUAGACCUCAUUGAUUCACUGCGUAUGAUUGGAAUCGAUCAGGAUCUGACUCUGCCUGCCAUAGCUGUGAUCGGAGACCAGAGCUCAGGGAAGAGCUCCGUGUUGGAGGCGCUGUCUGGAGUAGCUCUCCCCAGAGGCAGUGGAAUUGUGACUCGAUGCCCGUUGAUGCUGAAGUUGAGGAAGCUGAAGGGAGGUGUGCAGUGGAAGGCCAUCAUCUCCUACAAAGACACGAAAAUUGAAUUCACAGACCCCUCUCUGGCUGAGGACUAUGUCAAUGAGGCCCAGAAUGAGCUGGCUGGAGACGGCGUUGGGAUCUGUGACGAGCUGAUCAGUCUGGAGAUCAUGUCUCCUGAUGUGUGUGACCUCACUCUGAUUGAUUUACCCGGCAUUGCCCGAGUGCCUGUGAAAGGACAGCCUGAGGACAUUGGAGACCAGAUUAAAAGCCUCAUUCUCAGCUUUAUUGAGAAGAGUGAAACAAUAAUCUUGGUGGUGGUUCCAUGUAAUGUUGACAUAGCAACAACUGAAGCUCUCAGAAUGGCCCAGGAUGUAGAUCCAGAAGGAAAAAGAACUUUGGCUAUUCUGACUAAGCCAGACCUCAUAGAUCGUGGCACAGAAAAGAAUGUUUUGGAUAUUGUUAACAAUCGUGUCAUCCCACUGAGCAAAGGCUACAUAGUUGUGAAAUGCCGUGGUCAGCAGCAAAUUCAGGACAAGAUUCCUCUAGCCGAGGCCACCAGGAUGGAGAGAGAUUUCUUCAGACAACACAAGUAUUUUAGUGGUCUUCUCAAUGAGGAAAAAGCCACAACUCAGUGCCUUUCUACUAAACUGACCCAAGAUCUGGUAGACCACAUCAAAAAAGCACUACCAACAUUAUCAGAGCAAGUUAAGAUGGAGCUUCUUCAGUCAAGGACAUUAGUAAGUGAAUGCACAGAAGGUCCCCCCUCAGAACCCCAGCAGAAGAAAGCUUACCUGAUUGAGAUCUUGACAUUGUUCAAUGAGAACAUCAACAACUUAAGUGCUGGUGAGGUAGUGAAUGAGGAAAACCUAUUCAUUAUCCUACGCAGCCAUUUCCAGUUAUGGAACACUGAACUUCUAAACAGUCAAGAGUCAUAUGCUAAAAUGGUACAGGAUGCUGCAAAGGAGUAUGACCUGAAGCACAGAGGAAGAGAACUCCCUGGUUUCAGUAACUACAAAGUGUUUGAGAUGGUGGUCCAGAAACUGGUGAAAAAGCUGGAGGGCCCUGCAUUAGAGACUUUGAAAGUCAUCAGAGAAACUGUGCAGGCACAGCUCAAUGACGUUUCAAAAACUUGCUUCUCAAACUACCCUUUCCUUCACUGUGUCGCAAUGAACAAGAUAGACCAGAUCCAGUCGAAACAGGAGGUCAAAGUGGUGGAGAGGAUCCGGGAGCAGUUUGAGAUGGAGAAGCUGGUCUACACUCAGGACACCAUCUACUUCAAGGCCCUGACGAAGAUGGAGGAAUCCUCACCUGUGAACUGGGCUGAUUUCGACACGAGAAACAAAUAUCCUGAAAUGCUCCAGGCAUACUAUGAGAUAGUGAUUCAGCGCCUGGCAGACCAGAUACCCAUGCUGAUCCAGUUCUUCCUGCUGAAACAGUCAGCGCGAGUGCUGUGUACGGAGAUGCUGAGCCUGAUUGAGGGGGUGGAUUUGGACAAAGCCCUGUGCGAGGGCUCAGAUGCAGGCCGACGACGUAACGAGCUGCAGAGUCGCAUCGAGCGUCUCAGCCUGGCUCAGGAGAAACUCAGCCAUUUCCUCUGAAGUGGACUAGGAACAUGGACCGUUUCAGUAGUGAUGCGUCCAUGUUAUAAAAAUGU